AAACUCGCAGACAGUAUCACUCACAAGUUGAUAAAGUAAAGUAUCAAAACGUUAACGAUGUCUCGUAUUAGUUUCGUGUUGCUCGUAGUGGUCGGAGUGAUUCUCAGCAUAACUGCUGCUCAGAAUCCAAUACCAUGCCCAGAAAAUCAAGUAUAUAAGGAGUGCGGAACAGCAUGUCCACCUAAAUGCAAUGAGGACCCUAGUCAAGUCAUGUGCACAAUGCAAUGCGUUCCAGGAUGCUUCUGCAAAUCAGGAUUUCUGCUCAAUGCUGAGAACAACUGCGUGCAACCUGCACAGUGCUAAAAAUUAAUCAAUAUGUACUAUAUUCAAAUUGUAAUAUGUUCAUAAUGUUUAAUAUUUGAUCAAUAUUAAAGAUCACAUUUUUGUUUUACUGUUUCGAGAAAAUGCAUUAAAGAUGAUUAAAAAUUUUUAAAAAUUGUGGAAAUUAUA